AUGUUUAAAGGAGUAUUAUGUUGCACGUUACUUCUUGCGCUAUGCUUGAACCUCCUCCAUCAUUCGUGGGCUAUUGAACCCCAAAAAACUUGUAGGGCUCUUGCUCUAGGUUCUGGUGGAGAUCGAGGUUCGUUUGAGAUUGGCGUGCUGAAAUAUUUAGUGGAGAAGAGGCCUUCUGAGGAAACUCAGUAUCGAGUUGUCACGGGAAACAGUGCUGGAGCCAUCAAUGCAGUGGCCUUUAGUCAAUUUCCGAUUGGAGAAGAAGCCAAAGCUCUCCAAUAUCUUCUCAACGAAUGGACAAGUAUUCAAUCCGACAUGAUCUAUCAAAAUUGGAAGCCAUUCGGAAUUGUUCAAGGCUUCUUUCUUAAAACUUCUCUGUUUGAUUCUUCACCCUUAGAGAGCUAUCUUGCAAAACAUUUAAAUUGGACCUUAUUGCAGAAAACCGAUCGAUUCUGGAAAAUAGGGGCCACUGAUCUCUCUACCUUCUCUUACCGAGAAUUCAGUAGUGAGAAUCAUUUGAAUUUUGAUCAAGUGGUUACAGCUGUGAGAGCGAGCUCGGCCAUACCUGGCAUAUUCUCUGCCGUUAACAUUCAAGACUCUCUCUAUGUGGAUGGCGGAGUGAGGUACAUGACUCCCAUUACGGAUGCCAUUGAGAAGUGUAAAAACAUGACUGUGAGUGGAGGACAAGUAGUCAUCGAUGUCUUGUUAGCUAUUAAUUCCAUUCCAUUUCCGAAAAUGUUUGAUUUUCAUACAACUCCGUUCAUCUUAUUAGAGACCAUGUAUGGAUCAAUCAUGGAUAUUGUAUUGAGGGAUUUGGAGAGCGCAAGGCUUGCAUAUAAGGAUGAUCCCUCAGUUGAAAUUCGAGCUUUCAUUCCCAAUGAGUGGCUCCCAGGAUACUUUAUCGGGUUUGAUCAUGUUCAAAUGAAAAUCAUGAUCCAGAAGGGUUUUGAAACUGCAAAGAAAUUUUUUGAAAAGAUUUAA